AUGCGACUGAUCAUAGUGCGACACGCUGACCCGGACUAUGCGACGGACUCGCUCACCGCUGAUGGGAAACUACAGGCGGCAGCGCUCGCUCGCAGACUCGGACACGCCCAUGUGCGAAGGCGACCGUUCAUCGCCUGCGUGUACACGUCACCGAUGGGUCGGGCUCAGGAGACUGCUCGGUACAUAGCAAGGGAACUGGACUUGCCUCUCCAGAUCGAGACCUGGACCCAGGAACUGGUGACCUGGCGAGCGAGUGCUUCGAACGCGGGCGCCUCAGACACAGCGCCUGCUGCUGGGCAAGGCGGGCGGGCGCUCUGGGAUAUGGAUGCUGCUUUGGUGCGUAGCCGCUGUCGCAGUACGACCGGAGCGCUACCGGACCACGAGAGCCAAUGGAAACUCGUUCCUGGACUCGACGAUAAGAUCAGGUCCGACUUUCAGGCGCUUGUAAUGAAUAGCGAUGCGUUUCUUGCACGGCAUGGCUAUACGCGUGAGCCGAACGGUGUCUAUCGGCUCACUGAGGUCGAUGCGGCAGUCGCCAGAGCACAGGGCACUGCUGGGCGUGAUGCUGCGGUUGUCGUCGUAUGCCAUGGCGGUUUCGGACUGACCUGGUUAGCACAUCUCCUGGAGCUGCCGCUGGCUCUCUUCUGGAAUGCAUUCUGGCUUGCGCCGAGCUCAGUCACGACGGUUCUAUUCGAGACUCGCAGUCCAACGACUGCGGUGCCGCGUUGUCUAGCGUUGGGCGAUGUCGGUCAUUUGCUUGUCGCUGGUUUGCCCGAAGCCGUGCCGAAUCGCUACGAGAAGCCUCAUGGAGACCGGCCAAGUGGCCUCAAAGCGAACUGGUUCUAA